AUGAGUAAAAUGUUCGGCGUUCUAAGUCUGGCGUAUGUCGCCGUUUUCGCGUUUGCUGUGGUUAGUUGUGAGGAUGUGACAGAAAAGGAAUUUGUGGAUUAUUUGAAUACAGAUAAUGGCGUCGGCAGAACGUUUGGCCACAAUGCUCUUAAGAGAUUGUCGUUUAUCUUUUUACCGGUGAUGUUCACACUUGGUGUCAUCUCCACUUUACUAAUGGCUCUUGCCGUCAUUUCCGUCAAGAAUCUCGCCAUCGGAGUCAUGCUUCUCAUAGUUGCUGUUAGCCAGGCUGUAUCUCGGCUGUUUUCGGCAGCAGCACCUGCACCAUUAGUUUUUCAUCCUCGAGCUGAAGUAAUACCACCAGCGCUUCCCGCCCCCUGGCCUGUAAACGGGCCCCUUCUAUCACCAUGGGCUAGAUCUGACAACGAAGCUGUAAUUUCGGACUAA